AUGAUCGAUAUUCAAGAUCUAGUACAACCUAUUCAUUGGCGAAUAACUCAAAGUCUUCUUAGCUGGUUAACAGAUCUUUUGCCAUAUGGAGAUAAUAUACGCUUUCCAUGCCUUCAACAUUUGUUUAUCGGUUACAAUCCUGAUUAUGUGUGUAAUUUAGUAAUUGAUACUAGUGAAGAACAAGGUGUAGAUGAAAAUAUAGAUCAACAAAAAGUGAUAGAAGCAUGUAAAAUUAAGAUACUGCGCUGUUCUUCAUUUGAUUUACCACUUGUUCUUGUCACUCAAACGACUAAUGACGAAAAAAACCAAUUGCUUAUUCAACAAUAUUAUGAACUUCAUAAACGAAAAUCAUUUGCCGAUGUGUUUUCUCAACAUCGAGGAAAAAAUUUGCGCUCUACAUCAAGAUCGACUCCAAUUGCUACAAUACUCUGUAGUGUUGCUAAAAAACAGAUUAUCUAUACUUAUACACAAAUUUAUGAUACAAUCAUUUACGAUUCGAAUAUUGUUAACGAAAUCAAAUUAAAUAAUUUGCAAACAGAACUCGAAAUAAUAAAUAAACUAAAAUCACACUUUUUAAAAAAAGACGGUCCACGUAUUUUGAUUAUACGUGUUGAUUAUCUUACAGAAUAUAAACAACUUCUUUCUCUUAAAUAUAUUUUACUCAAUGCAAUUGAUGAUGAAUCUAAACAACCAUCUGAUCAUUGUGUUUGGCUUGUUAUUCAUUUACAACUAGGCAUGCACCAAACCCAAACCCAAACCCAAACUGUUUGGGGGUUUGGGUUUGGGUAUUGA